AUGAGUAGUUUCCUCAGAAAGGGGGGACCCAGGUUCACACCCAAAGUCACUAAGCGGGAAAUCAAGGUUGACACUAAACAAAAAAAUGGAACUGAAACUGAGAAAAAAGUAACGUUUGAAGAACCCGAGAAGUCUGCAAUAUCAGAAGUGAAAGAACUACCAGAAAUAGAAAAUGUGAAAGCAGAAGUUAUAUCACAGAAAGAACAACAGGAACAAGCAAGACCAGUCGCUCAGCAAGAAAGUCCUAAAGUGAUUAAGAAGAAAGCGAAAGUGGGUGGAGAGGAUAAGGAAACUGAAUACGUUUUCCCUCAUACAGUAAUUCAUCAGGAAGAACUACAUAUAAAAGUAUCAGAUAGUCAGAUAGAACGAUCGAUGGAUCUUUCCAGAGAACUGCCAGAAAAGGCAAAAACAGCCACAGAUAAUAACUUUGAACCCCCCAACUCAAGAACCAAGAAGGGUUCAGAUUUGACAAAAUUCUCUUUUCCUCCAAGCAUCACUGGCGCAUUCAGGCAAAAAAGGUUACCUUCCAUUAGCUCCGGUUUGGGUACUGGUAUGCUACUGAAAAAUGCCUCUGGAUCUAACAAUAAAACCAGCUUCCCUCCCAAGAGUGUGCGUAUCCCCGAUAUACUGAAAACUAAGACAGAUAAGUCAUCAGCGGAAAACAUCAAGUUAUCUCAAUUAUUUGUCGAUGAAGCCGAAGAAGUGCAAGAGGAGAAAGACGAAGGCGACGACGUUGAUGACGAAAAUGAGGAUAUACACACUUCAAAACCUCCAACCAAAAAUAAAAGAAGGGUUAUGAAGGUAAGUGGAUCCUCCAAGCAUGCAAGAGGUGAGGAGGAUGAUGGUCAAGACUCGGAGGAACUCACUUCUGAUUCGGAUGGUACGCCCGGUGCGUCAAAGAAGAAACCUAUAACUAACGAACCGAACAGUAAACGCAGAAAAACGCACAGUAAGAAAGUUGCUAUAAUGUUUACAACUGAAGGUAAUAAACAACUAGCAAUGGUACAAAACAUCAAUGUGCUUUUGAAGGACAAGCGUUUUCUGAAGAAUGGAGAUUUGUCAAAGUUGCGCAUAGAUGAGAAUGUCAUCUCAUUGGCAGAGCUGUGCAAGCCAGCCCUGCCAAUCGGUGAAAUUUCCGAUAAUUUUGAAAUAGCCGAAGAUGCUCUAAAAUCCCGAAGACUGAAAUCUGCAGAAAGAAGAUUAAUCAGAGAAAAGGCAAGGGAAGAAAAUACUACUCUGGAAGAAGUUAAGAAGAAGAUCGAAGAAGAAAGGCUGAAGAUUGUACAAAGUAACAGUGAUGUUAAUGAACUUGAGGUCACUUCCACUGUUAAAAUUUUGGCACCAGAGGCUCCAUCUACAAAUUCCGUUAACACAGUGCAAUUGCAGAUUCAACAAGACGGUACAAUUGGUGUGGACUCUGAAUCACUUAUGUUAAACCGCCACAAAAAUGAAGGCAACGAAGACAAAGAACGUGAAGAAGAAAACAAAUUCAAGAAUCCAGUCAAUUUUGGAACGUACGGAAAGUUUACAUACAGUGAGCGAUGGUCGUCUGAAGAAACUUUAAGGUUCUACCAAGCGUUAGCGUCCUGGGGAACUGACUUUUCGAUUCUUCAACAAUUGUUUCCCUAUCGUACAAGAAAACAGGUCAAGAAUAAGUUUAAUUUAGAAGAGAGGAGGAAUCCUGAAUUGAUUGGCAUGGCACUGAUGCGUAAACUGCCCCCGAAUCUAGAAAAGUAUUGUCAGGAUACCAAUAAUAGUUUCAAGACUUUGGAACAGUACAACCAGGAACUGAAGGAACUGAAGGUGAAUCACGAAAGACAAUUGAAGGAGAUGAAGGAGCUACAAGAGAAGUCAAGAUUAGAGGACAUUGAGUCUCAGAGAUUGAGAGAAAUUGGCCGUAGAACUGGAACGAAGAAAGUUACCAGAGCACAGAUGAUUCAAGAAUUGCGUGCCAAUCAGACGGUCGUCGGUACCAUAGAUGACCGGUACAACUAUCAUGUAUUCCCCAAAGGAGGUUUGAACUCUUCAUUCACCGAGCAUGUAGUCAUUUACUCGCAGAUCUUGAAGCACACCAUGAAAUUGAGCUAUUUUGCUUUGUCGAUCGGAGUUUCCAUAUUGAUUGUCUCUCGGUUUCAGUUGGACGCAAGGUAUUCGAUUGGGUCUGUAAUCGGCCUACUCAUUAUGGCAAAUCACUUGUAUCAGUAUUUAAGCUUUGAAAUCAAAGAAUCACUGUUGGUUAUUCCAAAUACGGGUAUACAAAUAACUUCCACACGGAUCAACGAUGGUAUUGCCAGGAGCUCCAAAACAUUAGAUUCGCAUUUCAUUUCUAAUGAAUACCUCUCCGAUAUUGUGAUCAAUGAGGCUUUUCAAGGAAAUCAAGUUGUAUACUACAUGGUGGCUGUAACGAGGAAGAACGAUAAAAUCAAACUGCUGGUUAUAUUCCCAAAGCUCUUACCUAGACUAAACAUUUUGCAGAAAAUCCUCGCAAACGUAGGAAACCCAGUGGAGGUCAGCCAAGAAUAA